CUCAAUGGCGGCGUCCUGUGAAACCGGGGUAACACAACGGUUCACCAUCUGAUGUUUUAGUGUCUGAACAUGAGGGUGGUCUUGGUUGUGCUGGUCUUGCUAAGGGUGCAGCAUGCACUCUCAGCAUCUAAAGGAGUCAUCGCCAGUCUUCAGGCCAAAUGGGCCAUGACCCCUCUGCUGCUGGAAACAAGCGAGUUCAUCAGAGAGGAUAGUGAUGAGAAGUUCUGGCAAUUUGUAGAUACUGUGAAGGAGUUAACGGUUUACAAAAGUGGAGAGUCUGUCCGGUCAUAUUAUAACUUGAUCAUCAAGAAAGCUGGACAGUUUAUGUCGGACAUCCAGCUCAACCUGCUGAAGCUAUCUCUAUCUCUAAGGGCUUACUCGCCGGCUGUACAUGCUUUCCAACAAAUAGCAAGUGAUGAACCUCCUCCUGACGGCUGCUCUGCUUUUGUGGCUGUACAUAGUCAACAUGCCUGCAACACCAAGGAUAUGAAGAAGCUAUUAAAGGCAGCAGCGGGCAGGCCAAGACCUUACCUAUACCAGUCUGAUCACCGUUACCCUGGAGCUAAUGGGACAGAUCUGCCUGUAGCUGUUCUUUAUGCUGAGAUCGGCACUAAAGAAUUCAACACUUUUCAUAAGGUGCUCUCAGAGCGGGCAGAGGAGGGCAAACUCAUCUACAUGCUGCGACAUUUUGUGGCUGAGCCGAAAAAGGAAAGGAUGCUGCUGUCUGGAUAUGGUGUUGAAUUGGCGAUAAAGAGCACCGAGUACAAAGCUGUUGAUGACACACAGGUUAAAGAUUCCAAAUCAGCUACUACCAAUGAUGAGGAUGAAAAUGAUGAAGUCCAAGGUUUUCUGUUUGGGAAAUUGAAAAAGUCUCACCCAGAACUUCAGGAGGAACUUGAAGAACUGAGGAAGCACCUUCUGGAAAGCACCAAUGACAUGAUUCCCCUAAAAGUGUGGGAGCUCCAAGACCUCAGUUUCCAGGCGGCAUCUCGGAUCAUGAGUGUGCCAAAGUUUGAUUCUCUCAAAUUGAUGCAAGACCUCAGCCAAUAUUUCCCUGGCAGAGCCAGAUCACUGACAAGAGUGGCCGUGAACCAAGACAUGAAGAAAGAAAUAGAACAGAACCAAAAGAGGCUGAGCGAAUCGAUGGGAAUCCAUCCUGGAGAUGCCAGUCUUUUCAUUAAUGGAAUACACAUUGACCUGGACAUUCACAACCCUUUCAGCAUCCUGGACAUUCUCAGAGCGGAGGCUAAGAUUCUUGAGGGUCUUCAUAAUCUUGGCAUUAGAGGAAACAGCUUUAGUAAGUUCCUGCAUUUACCAACAGCAUCCACUGUGGAGGACAGUUAUGCUCUGGACAUCCGCAACUCUGCCAUAAUGUGGGUUAAUGAUAUUGAGAAGGACUCCAUGUAUCGUCACUGGCCCUCAAGUCUCCAGGAGCUCCUUAGAGCAACAUUUCCUGGUGUUAUCCGACAAUUACGCCGUAAUAUCUUUAACCUGGUUCUGUUUCUUGACCCGACACAAGAAGAGAGCAUUGAACUGGUGAAAUUAGCAGAACUGUUUUACAAACAUAAGAUUCCUCUCAGGAUUGGAUUUGUGCUGGUUGUCAGUACAGAUGAAAGGGUGGAUGGAUAUUUGGAUGCAGGUGUUGCUCUCUACAGACUUUUGAACUACAUUUCAGAGGAGUAUGAUGAAACACAAGCUUUCACAUCCAUGGUGUCAAUAUAUAACAGGGUGGAAGUCGGGGAGGCUCUGUCAAUGGAUACAGUCCCUGCAUAUCUGAAAAAAACAUUUCCCAAAGCAAAUGCUGCCAGAAUUAUUGGAGUGGACUCAAGCUAUGAUGACAACAGAAAGGCUGGAGGAGAGUUUUAUAGGAAGAGUGGUUUAGGUGCUGUACCGGUAGCUUUGUUCAAUGGUAUUCCACUCAGUAGUGAGGAGAUGGACCCAGAGGAGCUGGAGAAAGUUCUACUGCAGCGCAUCAUGGAAACUACCAACAUUUUCCAGAGAGCCGUCUUCACGGGUCAAAUCACUGAAGGUGUUGAUGUGGUGGACUUCCUGAUGGAGCAGACCAAUGUAGUACCCCGGAUCAACCCUCUGAUUCUGAACUCUGAGAGGAGAUAUCUGGAUUUCACUGCCUCACCAGUGGUAGAUGACUGGGAUGACAGCGCUGUGUUCUCAUACAUGGACUCCAGGGACAAAACAGCAGUUGUCUCAAAGAAAAUGAAGUAUUUCAUCAGAGAUGAGGAGGAGGUGAUGUACGGAGUGACCAUGUGGAUUGUAGCGGAUAUUGAACAGGCCUCUGGGAGGCUGUUGCUGUGGAACGCAUUGAAACAUAUGAAUUCCAGCAGCUCUAACUGCCGUGUUGGGCUGAUCAAUAACCCCAGUGGAAAACCAACUGAAGACAACAGUGGUCUGUAUCGAGCCAUGUGGGCUUCACUCCUCACCCAAAGCAGCAAGAACACGCUCGACUUCACUUUAAAACUCCUCAAAGAAGAAAAUGUUGAGCUCCUCAAACAAGGCACCAAGAUUAAGCACUUACUUAAACAGGGAAUGGACCUGGAUUCCUUUGAGAAGAAGUUCAACACGAUGGCGGUGGACUUCCUUCACAGCCAGCUGAAGUUCUGUAAGGAAGUUCUGAAGCUGAAAGCUGGACAGAGAGCUGUGGUCAGCAACGGCAGGAUCCUGGGCCCGUUCGAGGAAGAAGAGGAGUUUAGUGUGGAAGAUUUCGAUCUUCUGGAGAAGAUCACUUUGCGUACUUCGGCUGAAAAGAUCAAACCCAAGAUCAAACAGAUGAAAUUGAAUGCCCAAAAGGCAAGUGAUCUAAUCAUGAAAGUGGAUGCUGUCCUCACUGCAGCACCCAAAGGAGAGACCAGAAAAGAUGUCAAAUUUCUUAAGGACAAACACAGUGUUCUUAAACUAGCACAGCGGGAAGAUGAGGUGUUCUUUGAUGUGGUUGCUAUUGUGGAUCCUCUGUCUAGAGACGCACAGAAGUUGGCUCCCCUAUUGAUUGUACUUGGUCAAGUGGUCAAUAUGAAAAUGCAGGUGUUCAUGAACUGUCGAGCCAAGCUGUCUGAGAUGCCCCUGAAGAGCUUUUAUCGAUUUGUUUUGGAGCCGGAUGUUUCCUUCUUUGGCAACAACACCCUUUCCCCCGGACCCAUGGCCCGCUUUACUGAAAUCCCAGAAUCCCCUUUGCUCACUCUCAAUAUGAUCACCCCAGAGAGUUGGAUGGUAGAGGCGGUCAGGAACCCAUAUGAUCUAGACAACAUCCACCUACAGGAGGUUAGUGGUGUGGUGAAUGCGGAGUAUGAGCUGGAGUAUCUGCUCUUGGAGGGCCACUGUUUUGACCUGUCCACAGGUCAGCCUCCCAGAGGACUGCAGUUUACACUGGGCAUGAGACAAGAACCUCUCAUGCAUGACACUAUCGUCAUGGCCAAUCUUGGCUAUUUCCAGCUAAAGGCCAACCCAGGUGCAUGGAUCCUCAGGCUGCGUGAGGGCCGAUCAGAGGACAUCUAUCAAAUACAAGCGCAUGAUGGGACAGACUCUCCUGCUGAUGCUGGAGAUGUCAUUGUGGUACUUAACAGCUUUCACAGCAAGAUCAUCAAAGUUAGAGUUCAGAAGAACCCAGACAAACUCAACGAAGAUCUACUGACAGAAGGAACAGAACCCAAAGGGCUGUGGGACACUAUAACAAGUGUGUGGAGCUCUUUGGAGAACAGCUUUGCAGGUGGCCCAAGUGUGGACAAGAGCAACAAGAAGAAAGAUGUUCUCAACAUCUUCUCUGUUGCAUCUGGACAGUUGUACGAACGUUUCUUGAGAAUAAUGAUGCUCUCUGUCCUUCAACACACUGCAACCCCUGUCAAGUUCUGGUUCCUCAAAAACUACCUCUCCCCCUCAUUCAAGGACACAAUUGCUCACAUGGCAAAGGCGUAUGGUUUCGAGUAUGAACUGGUCCAGUAUAAGUGGCCCCGCUGGCUUCACCAGCAGACAGAAAAGCAGCGCAUUAUCUGGGGUUAUAAGAUCCUCUUCCUGGAUGUGCUGUUCCCCCUGGCUGUGGACAAGAUCAUCUUUGUUGAUGCUGAUCAGAUUGUCAGGGCAGAUUUGAAAGAGCUGAGAGAUCUGGAUCUAGAGGGUGCCCCCUAUGGGUAUACUCCAUUCUGUGACAGCCGAAGAGAGAUGGAAGGCUACCGUUUUUGGAAGACUGGCUACUGGGCCUCUCAUCUUGGACACCGGAAAUACCACAUCAGUGCGCUAUAUGUGGUGGACUUAAAGAAAUUCAGAAAAAUAGCAGCUGGAGACAGACUCAGAGGACAGUACCAAGCCUUAAGCCAAGAUCCCAACAGUCUGUCCAACUUGGACCAGGACCUUCCCAACAACAUGAUCCAUCAAGUAGCCAUCAAGUCCCUGCCUCAAGAGUGGCUGUGGUGUGAGACUUGGUGUGAUGACAGUUCCAAGGCCACAGCUAAGACCAUAGAUCUGUGCAAUAACCCAAAGACCAAAGAACCCAAGCUUAGUGCAGCCAUACGUAUUGUACCAGAAUGGUACGAGUACGACAACGAGAUAAAGCAAUUUCUGACACAGGCGAAGGAGCAACGAGAGAAAAUGACUCAACUUGGUAGCCCAUCCUCAUCAUCACAGCACACAGGCACUCAACGUGAUGAACUUUAGCAUUUGUGUGCUCACAUUGGUGGAGAGAAGAGUGACGUUUGCACCUAAUCUUCCUGUGAAGCUUGAAUGCAAUCGUAGAGAUGUUUUCCACAAUGUACGCCAGGAAGUAAGCCUGCUGUUUACACCACAGCUCGGGGAACAAUGAGAAAAUAUACACUACGAAAUGAUUUUAAAGGACUUCAUGUCAUGUUUAAUGUAUAUAUGAUUUUUGAAUUAAGGUUUUUUUCAACACUUUCUGAAAUGAAUGGAAACUGUGCUGUAUUUUUUGUUUUUAGUUUUUUAAUUCUUGUUGGGAGGGAAAUAAAUUACAGUGUUAUAUGCUGUUUUUGGCCAGUUUACGAACUUACAAUGGCACUGGUGUAUAUAUACAGUAUUGUAUAUAAAAUACAUGCCAGCAUUGUACAUAUUCCUCCAUCCUUGGUUUCAGUGAAUAUUCUGCCACCAUAUUUUAUCAUUCAGAGUCCAUGUUUGCAUAUAAAGAGUAUCUAAAAAUCUAAUACAUUUUGUAGUAAAUGUCUCCCAUCAGACACAGUCAUGAAAUACAAUAGAGGUAUAUGUUUCUUUGCAUUCCCUUUACUAUUUACAUUCUUUUAUAUAUAUAUAUAUAUAUAUAUAUAUAUAUAUA